AUGCAAACCCCCCGGAGCUCGGCGAUCACCGUGACCGCGGAAAGCAUCAUCCCAGCCGGUCUGCGCCUGGGUCCCUUGCAGGGCAUUUUUAGGCUGGGAAAAUACAUGUCUGAUCGCAAGGAGCAGUGCAACAAGAAAAAGGUACGCUUUGUCAGAGGGGAUUUGAUUGAUGAAGCUGGCGACUCUGUCCCGGAGUGGAUAGAGUUAAUCCGAGCUGCCAGACACGUCCAAGAGCAGAAUCUGGAAGCGAUCACUGACCUUCCAGGGGGACAGAUCUUUUACAGAACACUGAGGGAUAUCCAGCCCGGGGAAGAGUUAGCAGCAUGGUACUCCAGAGCUCUGGCUCAGUGGUUCGAUAUACCAACCACAGCCACACCGACACAUGAUGAGAAAGGGGAGGAGCGUUAUAUUUGUUGGUACUGUUGGAGAACAUUCAAAUAUCCGAACACUUUAAUAGCUCAUAUCCACUUCCACUGCUCUCUGAGUAAUGGCAGGGGCUUCAUCAACAGCGACCAGUGCAGAAUUUCGGAGACUUUCACCAAAUCUCCGAAGGCAGCCGACAUAUCCAGUUCAUCAACAUCCCUGAGAAAUAGCCAUCAAAUCUCCUCUGGCUCCACAGAGGGGCUUAAACGAUCGUCGUCGCCGAUUUUGGCUAAAAUGGUUAUGAGCAAGAAAACCGUGGGACACGAGGAUGAGCAGGACAGGGCCCUGGACAUGAGUGUCAAUUCAGCCAGAAGUCAUGGAGCCCUGACGGCUAUAGGCGGCACUUCAAUAGUCAGCGCGAUGGGCUUUCAUCCUGGGAUUCGAUCCGCUUUUAAACCCACUGGAUUAUCAAAAUUAAUAUCGUCUGAUCCAAGCGGAGACAGCAACACUAAAACAAAUGGAUUAGGCUUCAAUAAACUCCUGAGCAGUGUGAAAUCACCACGUUCCACCAGCGAGAGCAUGGGGGGGAGUCACCCAGCCAAAUGUAUUCAUUCCAUCGAGCCGCCACUCCCUGCACUGCCAUGCAGCAACACAACCAGGGGCUUCCCCUCGUUUCCCAAUUUUGAAGAGGCGUCUGCAUUCAAACACGUGGAAAGGGGGCUUCACCCCAAUUUGUCCCCUAACCGUUACACCCCGAUCCCAACGAGCGUUCAUUUUGAGAGGUUCUCCAUCCCGCCAUUUGAAGGAGUUAAACCUUUCUCCGGGGAAUGCAACAUCCCCAUAAUGCCCUUAACCGUUUAUAAUGGUGAACUUCUCUACAGUCCCCCCUAUUACCCCUUAAAAUUCCACUUCAGCAACUUAAUUAAAUACCCAGAAUCUGUCACCUACUUUGGAGCUCCAUCUCUCAACCCCGAACUUGGUUCCAUAGCCAAUAUUGACAGAGAGAUUGCCAUGCACACCCAACAACUAUCGAGUAUUGCUGCAGAAAAGAGCAGAUCUCGGCUGGAGUCCAUGUCCACCACCAGCACAUCCAGUGGCAAGCCCAAAAAAGGUCACCUCUGCUUAUAUUGUGGGAAACUCUACUCGCGUAAAUACGGUCUGAAAAUUCACAUGCGGACACAUACAGGGUACAAACCUUUAAAAUGCAAAGUCUGCCUUCGACCCUUUGGAGAUCCCAGCAACCUAAACAAACAUAUCCGCUUGCACGCCGAGGGUAACACGCCAUACAGGUGUGAAUUCUGUGGCAAGGUGCUUGUGCGUCGCAGGGACCUGGAGAGGCACGUCAAAUCGAGACACCCAGGACAAAGCGUGCACAAGACUGAGAGCAAAACGGAAACUUCCUUUGACGACGCCGAGCAGAAAAGUGAUCAUAGUAACGAGAGCGACGUGGACGUAUGUUUCACUGAUGAUCAGAGCGAUCAAGAUUCAGGAAAGAACAACGAUCAAUGA